AUGACCAACAUUCCAGUCACCAAAGAAGAACUCGCUGCUUCAUUCGCCGUGGGUGCUGGCUUGCACCAGGCGUUCCUCCGCCAUGGAGAAUGGGAUAACUAUAGCUUCAAGCUCAUCGUUUCAGCCGCCGCGGUUGAGACGCUUCUGAGCCUCUUUGUGCAUGUGUACUUUUCCGAGCCCCCAGCCGAUGCCAUUUGGCAUGCGCUUUAUUGGACCCUCGCGGCCACUGCUGGAAUAUACACCAGCAUGCUCCUAUACAGGGCCUUCUUCCACCGGCUGCGUUCUCUUCCCGGGCCCUUUGCCGCCCGCCUGUCGACGUUUUAUAUGACCUAUUUGAGCGCGAGGCGCGGGCAGGUCUACCAAGAUGUCAGGGCUCUCCACAGGAAGUAUGGCGACUAUGUCCGGGUCGGGCCCACAGAGAUCUCCAUCGCGGACCCGGCAGCAUUUGCCGCCAUCCACUCAGCCACAUCGCAGUGCGAGAGAGCUUUGAAAGACUAUGAAGGCCGUGUGGCCGGGUACACAGAUGAGCUCCUCGGGGCUAUCGGCACCAAAGGCAAGGGCAAACCGUUCAAUGCCUCAAAAUAUUUCAACUACUACUCCUUCGACAUCAUGGGAGAUCUUGCCUUUGGAAGGUCCUUCAAUAUGAUGAGAGAUGGCAUUGACCACUAUUUCUUCACGUCGACUCACCUGAAUAUGGCAAUAAUCGGUUUGUUCAGCCGUGUCGUGUGGCUGUUCCCCAUAUACAAGGCAAUCCCCAUCAUGAACCACGAAUAUAUUAGGUUCCAGCGUUUCAUCAGGGCUACGGCCAAGAAAAGGAUGGAUAAUGAACCACAUGUUCCUGAUGUCUUUCACUGGAUAUUGAAGGACUAUAAACAAACGCCAAACCCAAGUUGGCAAGAAACAGAAGAUCUGGUCGGAGACGCAAGUCUCAUCGUAGUAGCCGGCAGUGACACGACCGCAGCAACACUGACCUGCUUGUUCUAUAACCUGACAACGCACCCCGAAGUGUACAAGACUCUCCAGAAAGAGGUUGACGAGUUCUUCGCGUCCGAGGCGACAAGUGACAACUUCGAGACCUCCUCCUUGGGAAAGCUCCAAUAUCUCCAGGCAUGCAUUGAUGAGUCCCUCCGGCUGUUCCCACCCGUCAUGUCCGGCCUGCAGAGACAGACGCCACCGCAGGGGGUCCAGAUCGGGGAGCGGUUUAUCCCAGGAAAUACUAUUGUCAUGACACCAACCUACACCAUGUGCAGAGAUCCCAGAGCCUUUCCGAGAGGGGACGAGUUCAUUCCUGAGCGAUGGACCACUCAGCCCGAGCUCAUCAAGGACGCCGCAGUCAAUGUGCCCUUCUCAGUCGGCAAGCAGCUCGGCCUGAUGGAAGUCCGCCGGGUCACAUCUCUGAUCGCACACAAAUACAACGUCACGAUGGCGCCAGACCAGACCAAGGAGGCCUUCCUCGGCGGCCUGCGAGACAACUUCACCCUUGCUACGCCCGCCCUGAAUCUGGUCUUUUCGCCGAGGAAUUAG